CCAUAUUUUAAUAUUGCAGCACUGAAACGACGGGGUAUAAAUGUAUGGAGCAGACGGGGCCCAAUCUAUUCCAUUAAACCGACCUAGUGGCUGCCACGUGGAAAGCCGACAACUUCAACCGUCGUGAAGACGAGGCAAAGCUAACGCAGUUUAUUUCCCUCGUAAAACAAUACGCUGAAGCAAAAUAAAAAAAAGGGAAAAUCAAAAUCAAAGUCCUCAAAUCCCUAAAAUCUCUAAAAUCUCAAGUUUUACAGGAGAUCGGGGAUUUUGAUCUCAAAGAGUUCAUCAUGUUUAAUCGACUGUUCGGGAAACCUAAGCAGGAAACAAAUGCUCUAACCACGUUAGAUAAAUUAAAUGAGACCCUUGAAAUGUUAGAGAAAAAAGAAAAAGUACUUGUGAGAAAAGCAGCUGCAGAGGUUGAAAAGGCGAAGGAACUUGCAAAAGCAAGAAACAAGAGAGCGGCUGUACAGUGCUUGAAGAGGAAGAGACUAUAUGAACAGCAAAUAGAACAGCUUGGAAACUUCCAGCUUCGUAUUCAUGAUCAAAUGAUAAUGUUAGAAGGUGCCAAAGCCACAACCGAGACUGUAGAUGCUUUGAGAACUGGAGCAUCUGCAAUGAAGGCAAUGCAGAAAGCAACUAAUAUAGAUGAUGUUGACAAAACAAUGGAUGAGAUCAAUGAACAAACCGAGAACAUGAAACAGAUUCAGGAUGCACUUUCAACUCCUAUUGGAGCUGCAGCUGAUUUUGAUGAGGAUGAAUUGGAAGCAGAACUCGAAGAACUUGAAGGUGCUGAGUUGGAGGAACAGCUUCUGCAGCCAGCAACAACUGCUCCAGCAGCUCCAGUCCAAGUGCCUGCUGGCAGACAACCAGCUCGUCCUGUUCCUCAGAAGCAUACUGCUGAGGAAGAUGAACUUGCUGCAUUGCAGGCUGAGAUGGCACUUUAAGGCAUCUCAAGUAGAGAACUGUUUUUGUUGCUGUCUGCAGUUCAUGUUGCAUAGAAUGAAAGAGAUACCACACUGUAUUAUUGAAUCUGCCCCUUUGAUUUAUGCGCAUCUAAUCUUUUACGUACACUGUAAAUGGAGAUCGCGUGAACCGAACAAAACCCUCUCGUUUUUUUCCGUGUUCUUUCGAUAAACACUUGUUAUAUUACACGAAUCCUUGUAGCUAUCUUGACUUCCUGUGUAAUGUCAAUAAGAACAUUUGAUGUUUUUUUUAGUCCCAA